AUGGCAGAUCCUUUCCAACCAUUCAAAGUCGAAGAAGCUGACAAGAAGCCUGGGUACAACACGCGCCAGGUACACGCGGGAGCGAGACCAGACCCGACUACCAAAGCUCGCGCUGUGCCAAUCUAUGCAACUGCGUCUUUCGUCUUUACGGACAGCGACCACGCGAGGAGGGUGUGCAGUAAUGAAGAAGCAGGUUACGUAUACUCUCGGAUUGCAAAUCCCACAGUGGAGGUUCUUGAGAAGCGCGUUGCAGCUCUCGAAGGAGGCUCGGCCGCCGUAGCAUGUGCAUCAGGUCAAUCAGCAGUCUUCCAGGCUAUUCUCUGCUUAGCACAUGCUGGUGACAAUAUCAUUUCUUCCAUCAACCUCUACGGUGGCUCAUAUAGUCUAUUCAACACUAUCCUUCCGCGAAUGGGAAUCACCGUUCAGUGGGUGUCAGGAGAUGAUCCCGAGAGUUACCGGGGCCUGAUCAACGAGCGCACUAAAUUGGUAUUUGUUGAAACUAUCGGCAACCCCCGGAUCAGUAUCCCAGAUCUGAGGGCUAUUGCCGAUAUCGCACACGAUGCCGGUGUGCCCUUUGUCGUUGACAACACCUUCGGUGCCUGUGGAUACUGGUGCCCCGUCAUCGAGCAUGGCGUCGAUAUUGUCGUCCACUCCGCAACCAAGUGGCUGGGCGGGCAUGGCACAACCGUUGGUGGUGUGAUAGUCGACUCCGGCCGUUUCGACUGGGGCAAGUCGGCCAACAGGUUUCCCCAUUUAACUAACCCUAGUGGAGGGCCCAUGGCAUUCUCCUACUGGUCGAAGUUUGGCUCAGUAGCUUUUGCAAUGGCUCUUCGGAUCGAAGUUGUAAUGGAGGUUGGAUCUGUCAUGAAUCCUUUCGCAGCACAGCAGAUAUUACUUGGCAUUGAGACUUUGACCCUAAGAUGUGAUCGAAUCGCAUCCAACGCCCUUACCAUUGCGCAAUUCAUGAGCUCACAUUCUUUGGUUGAUUGGAUUGACUACCCAGGCCUCCCAAACAACAAAUACCACAAGUUGGCUGUGAAGUAUUUAAAGCGAGGGUUUGGAGGAGUGUUGUCGUUCGGCGUGAAAGGAGGCAAGGUCGGCAGUCGUGCGUUCGUCGAUAAUGUGCGGAUCGUUUCCAACAUGACGAAUGUGGGAGAUUGCAAAACAAUGGCGACUCAUCCAUGGAGUUCAACUCACUCAAUCAUGAGCGAGGAGGAUCGAAUGAAGGCUGGCAUCACUGAAGAUCUCAUUCGCCUUUCAGUUGGUACUGAAGAUAUUGAAGACCUUCUGCAAGAUUUGCGGCAAGCACUCGAAGCUGUCGAAGCUUUUGUGAAAGUUGAGGUUAAUGGAUAUCAUGAUUCAACGACGAAUGGAGUCCAUUAG